AAUCGGAGAAGAUCACAAUCACCAAUGAUAAGGGACGCCUGUCAAAGGCAGAAAUCGAUAGAAUGCUCUCGGAUGCGGAACGUUACAAGGACGAGGAUGAGAAACAGAGGCAACGCAUACAGUCGCGAAACUCUUUGGAGAGCUACAUAUUCAGUUGUAAACAGGCUGUUGAAGAUUCACCUGCUGGCCGCCUAACUGACUCCGAUAAGGCAACAGUGCGCGAUAAAUGUACUUCGGAGAUGUCCUGGCUGGAUGCCAAUACGUUGGCCGAAAAAGAUGAAUUCGACGAUCGCCUAAAGGAAUGUCAACGUGUAUGCGGGCCAAUAAUGGCGAAAAUGCAUGGAGCUGGUAGCGGCGAUGCGGGAGCCGGAAAAGGCGCACAAGGUGGACGUGCUGGCGGACCAACUGUGGAGGAAGUCGAUUAGAAUUGCAUGGCAUAGCGAUUUUAUACUAUUUUCAUUUUCUCAAUUCCGCUUAAUUUUACGUUAAUUUUAAAUUUAAAUAUUUAUUUUUACAUUUUCUAAAUUGGAUAAUUAUGCAUAGACCUAUGUAUGUACAGAAUUUGUUGAAAAAAAAAAAAUUGUGCUGAAUACGAAUCGCAUGCAUAAAUAUGUACACAC